AUGAACAGCUCGGCACCAGGGACACCGUUAUCCGUACAUAGCCCCAAUCGUGAGCUGACACCCUCGUCAAGCACUGGUGGAGUAGGAACAGGAACAUGCACGACUAUGAAGCAUACAGCUCAACCACGUUUGACUACGGGCGAAUCAUUAGGAUCAUUGGUUGGAGCAUCGUUGACAGUAGUUGGAGAUGCCAUGUAUGUCUUUGGUGGAUUCGAUCAAUAUUCGGAUGAAGUAUUCAAUGCAUUGUAUCGACUUGUGUUACAACCGGAUGAUGUGGAAGGAAGGUGUCGAUGGGAACGCGUUUUAUAUACACGGGGAAGAGCGCCUGCUAAACGUAAUGAUCAUACGGCAACACUAUGGAAAGCGCGUAACAAGCUUGUGGUAUUUGGCGGCAACGGCGAGGAGGAUGGACGAUUUUACAAUGAUGUAUUUGUAUUGGAUUUGGAAACAUUGACAUGGGAGCAACCAGAGACAUUGGGAGCGGUACCUGAUGGACGAGUACGGCAUUCAGCGACUAUCCAUGGUGAUCGUUUAUAUAUUGCAGGAGGAUUGGCAUCACAGGGGAUGUUUGCAGACACUUUGCUUGUAUUGGAUUUAGCCACGUGGGAGUGGCACCCGCCUAUACCAUUCGUACGCCGAUCACAACAUAUAAGUUUUUGGUACAACAAACGUCUCUACGUCUUUGGAGGCUUUGAAGAUGAUAUGGGUCGCUCCAACCACCUUUCUUUUAUCGACCUUGAAAGGCAUGGCGUCACUCAUCUCGAGAUAGACUCACCUUCAGCACCCUCACUUGGGGGCCAACGAUUCUCUCAACUAUGUGGAGAUCAACUUGUUGUUGUUGUUACAUCACCCGUCUCAGUAUCGGCUAUGGAAGAUCCACCCACUACUGGUUUAUGGACAUUGGAUAUGCCUUCAAUGCAAUGGACACAUCGUGAUAUGGGAUCAGCCUUUGAUCGAGGUGGAUGGCACGCUUUUGCCAUGGCUGAGCAUGAUACAUCAUUCUAUUUAUGUGGAUCAGAUCAAGAACCCGACGACUAUUAUGCACUUAUUCUACAUGUGGAUCUCAAAGAAUACGGCAUUGUACCUGUUCCACCUCCUCAAUUGGGUACAGACCUUGUUUCAUUAUUGAUGCAGCAAUCACAAAGUACCGAUUUCUCUAUUCAAUCAAGUAUCGAUCCUGAUGCCGGUCUUUUACGUGCACAUCGACUUGUAUUACUCGCUAGGUGGCCACACUUUGCACAUUUAUUAGCUUCAGGAAUGGCAGAAUCCGUAUCCGAUACACUCACAUUACCAGAACCUUUUCCUGUCCUUGAAGCCUUUGUGCGCUUUCUUUAUACCGACACCCUCGAUGAAAUCACACCACUCGUUCUUAUUGCCGACUUGCUUGUGAUGGCCAACUUGUAUCUAUUACCACGUCUACUUGCAUUAUGUGUACGACGUCUACACAGCGAUAUGGAUAUCAAUACUGUAGGCAAGAUUUAUCACUGUGCUGGUCUUGCUGGUCAACGUGGUCUUCAACAAACAGCUCUUCAUUUCAUGUUUGAUCAUUUUGGUGCCGUCGUUCGUACCAAUCAUUUUCGAGAAUUGCCACAACAUGUCCUUUUCCAACUAUGGGACGAGAUGCCUCGAGACGCUACCAUUGUAGGAGGAUUUGGUAAUGGUUUACUCAACAACAACAGCCAACAACAGCAAGAUAAUCACAUGUCGGACUCAGAAGACGACGAUGAAGAAGAAGACGAUCCUGCUCGUCCAGAUAGCCCCAUGGAAGCAUAA